AUGAUCGAAAUUGGUGAACUAGCUGAGGACGCAUUGUGUCGGCAAGAUUCGCCGAUGAAUGUUUACUAUCAUGAGGGCGAGUCAGUCGACUCGGCACAUUCAAGCGGUGGUGAAUCGUCUCGACGCAACUCGAAUCCGUUCGGUGAUUUCAAAGACUUUGUUAAACGUCGACGAAAUGGUUCGAAAAUAAACAGUCGCUUUCAUCAACAACAAAUGAUCGGAGGUUGGUCGAUGGAUGAAGACGUUCGUAAAUCGAGUGUAGAUAGCCAGUUUUAUGAUAUGGACGGCUCUGAUGAGGAUACGCCCACACAUCGAUACCAACGAAGAUUCAGUGUUCCUGAACGAGUUCUACUCAGUGCGGACUACGCAAUUCUGCGACCAACAAGGGAGCGACGGUUCGAAGUUGUGGCUGCAUUUGAUAAGUAUGCUGACCCGUAUCGUCAUUAUAUGCAGUCGCUAAUGUGCUAUGAUCUAGCACCAACACAUGGAGCUGUUGUUCUUAUUGAUAGCGCUCUCAAGGUUCACAAGGCGCUGUUAGCACUGAGUCAGUCAGGACAUAACGCAGCGAUUAUAAUCAACUCAGAUGCGAGUUCAGCGAUCGGUAUUCUAACGAUAACCGAUUGUCUGCGGGUAAUCGCAGUUGCAGCGAAUGCGGAUCCAGAGAUCGGUGAAAGAACCGUGCGCUUCUUCAUGAACACCUACAAUGGACGCAAACGACUCGUCACCGCACCUGCGAAUCUUUCGGUUUGGGAUGCUGCUCGAUUAUUCUGUCUUAAUCACGUCCAUCGGAUUCCGGUCUUACAAGCCACCGAAGGACUCAAGGAAGCCGAUGUUCUCUACUUACUCUCACUUAAAGUCGUUUUCCAGGAGACGAUCAUAAAACUGGUAGCGAUUUCAAUAUUUAUGAAGGAAAUCUCUUACGCUUUUGCACUUUCGAUUGAAACAACGUUCUCGCGCGCACCUCAUCUCAAGCAAAGGACUCUGCAAACAACUUCGGUGGGAACAUGGUCAAACGUCAUAACGAUCAAUUGCAACGCGUCCUGCGCAGACGUGAUCGAUCUAUUCUUAGAGGGUAAGAUCUCAUGCGUAGCAGUUGUGGACGACUGCGGUAAAAUGGUUGGUGCGAUCAGUAAACAAGAUAUAAUGAAGGAAUUAACUCGACAUACGCAAAACUAUCUCAAUAUAUUGCACGUUUCUGUCAUGGUGAUUGCUCUAUCUUAUCAGAUGUUCUGCUUUUUUAGCGCACACUUUUCUAAAAACGUCUAUCGCGUAUCUCCGCACGCAGUUCCAACAAACACGAUUUUUGAAACAAUUGGGUUGUUGAUUGCAUCCGAUCAGCAGUGUCUUUUUGUGGUCGAUUCGGAAAUGGGUCACGUGGUAGCUGCAGUUGCAUUUAUUGAUCUUAUGGAAUAUAUCCUCAACUCGGACGAAAUCCAUCACAAAAACUCUGUUUGA